AUGGCGUUGGGUCGGCUCUCGGUAGAAGAACAGUUCGAGGCGCAGUGCGACGCACAUGGGCGCAGUGCGACGCGCAUGGGCGCAGUGCGACGCCCAUGGGCGCAGUGCGACGCGCAUGGGCGCAGUGCGACGCGCAUGGGCGCAGUGCGCCGCAGAUGGGCGCGCUCGGAUUUUUCUAACCUCCCCUCUCCCCUCUCCCCUGCUCACGUUCAGAUAGUUGACGCCCGUGCCGCGCGCUCCCCCACCACGUCACCUCCCCUCUGGACCAUCCUCCGGGCCGCGCACGCCGUCGCUCAGCCACGUCACCUCCCCUCUGACACCCUGCCACGUCACCUCCCCUCUGACGCCCUGCCACGUCACCACGUCACCUCCCCUCUGACGCCCUGCCACGUCGCCUCCCCUCUGACGCCCUGCCAUGUCACCUCCCCUCUGAUGCCCUGCCACGUCACCUCCUCUCUGACGCCCUGCCACGUCACCUCCCCUCUGAGGCAGGCCAACGCAUUUGCCCUCUGCCUGAUGUACGGCCGAGAUCUCGCGACGGCGGUGCUGGUGCUGGAGGACCAAUUGCAGGCGAGCCCGCUGACAGCUGUCGACGAGACAGUGGUGCUCAACCUGUGCUCCAUGUACGAGCUGGCGGUGUCUGACACGCUCAACGCCAAGAGCACGCUCAGCAACUGGCUAGCCCACCUCGCUCCUGACGACUUUGACUUUGCCUGCACUCGGCUGUAG